AUGACUGAACAGGAGCCAAAUAUAACUAGAAUUAUUGGUGGUAUAUAUGUUGGUGGGGUUCAGCCUAUAGUUGACCAUACACCGCUCAAAACCCAAUACAAUAUCACGCAUAUUUUAUCGGUUAUAAAAUUUAAUGUAAUUCCAGAAUACUUGGUUAGAAAAAGUUAUACGCUCAAGAAUAUUGCGAUAGAUGACGAUGAGAGUACAGACAUUCUUCAAUAUAUUAAUGAAGCUAAUAGAUUCAUUGAUCACUGUUUGUUUCCAGAUGAAGUUGAAUAUAACCCGAAGCUGGUAAAUUUCAGGAAAAAGCCUCAACGUGGAGCUGUAUACAUCCAUUGCCAUGCAGGUGUUUCUAGAUCUGUUACAUUUACUGUUGCUUAUUUAAUGUAUCGUUAUGGGUUUGAUUUGAACACAGCGUUGCAUGCUGUUAAGAGGAAACGUAUUCAGGCUCAACCCAACGAUAACUUCAUGGAGCAACUAAAAAUCUAUGAGCAGAUGGGAGGGUGUUAUGUCGAUGAAACAAACAGUAUUUACAAGCAAUGGAAAUUGGCCAAUGCAUUAAAGUAUAAUCAGGUGGGUAGUGAACUAUUGUUGGAUGAUGAUAUGUACGGCGACUCUGAUGAAAAGGCUAUAGAUAAGAUGUCCGCUUCUGCACUUGAUGCUCUAACGAUAAUUAGAUGCAAGAUGUGUAGGCUAAGGUUGGCACUUUCUUCUUCGUUCAUUAAACAUGAUCCGCCAAGUAAAGAGUCUAGUGAGGGUCAUUUUAUCAGGAGAGCUGCAGGUUCUCAUAGAAUUAUUGAUAUUCAAGAAUCGCAAAGCCAAUGUUCUCAUUUCUUUGUUGAACCAUUAAAUUGGAUGAAGAAGGAACUCCAAAGUAAGCAAGAGUUGGAAGGGAAAUUUAGCUGUCCCAAUUGUACUAGUAAGGUUGGUGGUUAUAAUUGGAAAGGAUCUAGAUGUAGUUGUGGGAAAUGGAUGAUUCCCGCUAUCCAUCUACAGGCAGCUAAAGUAGAUCAAGUACCUUUGGAAAGAAAAACGCUGCCGAAUCUAGUGCAUUUUGAAAGUAAGAACUAA